AUGCUGGUAUAUCCAAUUGACCCAAGUUCCGGCAAGUCGUCAAUGAGGUCAAUUAUUUUCUCCAAUUAUUCAGCAUUCGACACUAGGAGACUAGGUGCAACAAUGGAUGUAGAGCUUUCGCAUUUGCGGUUUUUGGGAAAUAUGUCUUUGACAUUGUGGGACUGUGGGGGUCAAGAUGUGUUUAUGGAGAACUACUUUUCCAACCAGAAAGACCACAUUUUCAAAAUGGUGCAAGUCUUGAUUCAUGUAUUUGAUGUUGAGAGUAAACUGAUAAAUAAGGAUAUUGAGAUAUUUGUCAAGAGUUUGACAAACUUGCAGAAAUAUAGCCCCGAUGCAAAGAUAUUUGUUUUAUUGCAUAAAAUGGACCUUGUCCAAAUAGACAAGAGACAGGAACUACUAACUAUUAUGAUGGAUAAAUUGCAAAAAAUUAGUAAUCCGUUUCAGUUUAAGUUGGUGGGAUUCCCUACAUCUAUUUGGGACGAGAGUCUAUAUAAGGCUUGGUCGCAGAUUGUGUGUUCUUUGAUACCAAACAUCAACCAAUUCAACAGCAACUUGAUCAAGUUCAAUUCGAUCUUGGACGCUGAAGAAAUUAUACUAUUUGAAAAAACAACGUUUUUGGUCAUUUCGUCAACUGCAUCAAUAAAACAACAGCAAAAUUUGGAAAAACUACAACAACUGCAACAACAGAAUUCAAGGCAACACUUGGCAAGCCCGAAUAGUGGUGGUAGUGGUGGUGGUGCACCCUCACUAGGAGAGCCACAAAUGCAUGAUAGUCCAAAUGAAGAAUUGGAUCCUAAACGAUUUGAAAAAAUAUCCAAUAUAAUCAAAACAUACAAGCAAUCCAUAUCCAAACUAAGGACCAAUUUCAGUAAUUUAAUCAUUAGAGGAAGUAAUGGUACCAAUUUCUACUUGGACAUUUUAACGGCAAAUAUGUUGAUCAUGAUUGUUUUAAAGACGCAAAAUGAAGUAGAGGCUAAUGGAGUCGAGAUAAUUCAAAAUGAAGAACUACUAGUAUUAGAUAACAUCAGAGCAGCUAGAAAAUGGUUUGAAAAGAUUGAAAAUCCCAAGUAA